GUUUCUUUCGGUUUCCGGUGUUCCUACGAUGGCUGCUACCGACUCCUUAGCGCUUUUCACCGGCCUCGGCCUGAGCGAACCGAAAGCUCGUGAGACACUCAAGAACGCGGCUUUGAGUACCCAGUUGCGUGAGGCGGCGACCCAGGCGCAGCAGACUCUGGGCUCCCCCAUUGAUAAAGCCACCGGGACCCUGCUGUACGGCUUGGCUUCCCGUCUCAGGGAUACCAGACGUCUCUCUUUCCUUGUGAGCUAUAUAGCUAGUAAGAAGAUCCACACUGAGCCCCAGCUGAGCGCUGCCCUUGAGUAUGUGCGCAGUCAUCCCCUGGAUCCCAUCGAUACCGUGGACUUUGAGCAGGAAUGUGGUGUGGGUGUUAUGGUGACCCCAGAGCAGAUCGAGGAGGCUGUGGAGGCCACUAUAAGUAGGCACCGGUCCCAGCUCCUGAUGGAGCGUUAUCGUUUCAACAUGGGGCUGCUGAUGGGAGAAGCCCGAGCUAUGCUCAAGUGGGCAGAUGGCAAGAUGAUCAAGCAUGAAGUGGAUAUGCAGGUCCUCCAUCUCCUGGGUCCCAAGGUGGAAGCUGAUCUACAGAAGAAACCCAAGGUGUCAAAACCUCGACUAGAAGAAACAGACAAGACACCAUCAAAAAAUAUGGAGAAUGGUGAGCCUGCUUGCCAGACCUUGUCUCUGAUGGAGCAGCUAAGGGGAGAGGCCCUUAAGUUCCACAAGCCUGGUGAGAACUACAAGACCCCUGGCUAUGUGACCACCCCACACACUAUGGAUCUGCUGAAGCAGCACUUGGAGAUCACUGGGGGUCAGGUACGUACCCGGUUCCCUCCAGAACCCAACGGAAUCCUGCACAUUGGACAUGCAAAAGCCAUCAAUUUUAACUUUGGCUACGCUAAGGCUAACAGUGGUAUCUGUUUUCUGCGCUUUGAUGACACCAACCCUGAAAAGGAGGAGGCAAAGUUCUUUACUGCUAUCAAUGACAUGGUGACUUGGCUUGGUUACACCCCUUACAAGGUGACUUAUGCUUCUGACUAUUUUGACCAGCUGUAUGCCUGGGCUGUGGAACUCAUCCAUAGGGGGCAGGCUUAUGUUUGCCACCAGCGUGGGGAGGAGCUCAAAGGUCACCACUCUGUACCUUCACCCUGGAGGGACCGUCCUGUGGAAGAAUCACUGCUGCUCUUUGAGUCGAUGCGCAAGGGCAAAUUUGCUGAGGGUGAGGCCACACUGCGGAUGAAACUGGUGAUGGAGGAUGGCAAGAUGGACCCUGUGGCCUAUCGAGUCAAGUACACACCACAUCACCGCACAGGAGACAAAUGGUGCAUCUACCCUACCUACGACUACACCCACUGCCUUUGUGACUCCAUAGAGCACAUCACUCACUCACUGUGCACCAAGGAAUUCCAGUCUCGGCGCUCUUCUUACUUUUGGCUGUGUAAUGCACUAGAUGUCUACUGUCCCGUGCAGUGGGAGUAUGGCCGUCUUAACCUGCACUAUGCUGUGGUCUCCAAGAGGAAGAUCCUCCAGCUUGUAGCAGCUGGUGCAGUACGGGACUGGGAUGACCCACGGCUCUUCACACUCACGGCCCUGAAAAGGCGGGGCUUUCCACCUGAAGCUAUCAACAACUUCUGUGCCCGGGUGGGGGUGACAGUGGCACAGACUAUAAUGGAGCCACAUCUUCUAGAAGCCUGUGUGCGUGAUGUGCUAAAUGAUACAGCUCCACGGGCCAUGGCUGUGCUAGAACCGCUACGGGUUGUUAUCACCAACUUUCCCUCUGCCAAGCCCUUAGAUGUCCAGGUGCCUAACUUUCCAGCUGAUGAGACCAAGGGCUUCCACCAGGUUCCUUUUGCAUCCGUUGUCUUCAUUGAGAAGAUGGACUUCAAGGAGGAGCCAGAGCCAGGCUAUAAGCGCCUUGCUUGGGGCCAGCCUGUGGGCCUGAGACAUACAGGGUACAUCAUUGAGCUGCAGCAUGUUGUCAAGGGCCCCAGUGGCUGUGUGGAGAGCUUGGAGGUGACCUGCAGGCGGGCUGAUGCUGGGGAAAAGCCCAAGGCUUUUAUUCACUGGGUGUCACAGCCUCUAACGUGUGAGAUUCGGCUCUAUGAGCGACUAUUCCAGCACAAGAAUCCUGAAGAUCCUGCUGAAGUCCCUGGUGGAUUCCUAAGUGACUUGAAUCCGGAAUCCCUGCGAGUGGUGGAAGCAGCAUUAGUAGACUGCUCUGUGGCUCUGGCAAAGCCCUUUGAUAAGUUCCAGUUUGAGCGCCUUGGGUACUUCUCCAUGGAUCCAGAUAGUUGCCAAGGACAGCUUGUCUUCAACCGAACUGUCACACUGAAGGAGGACCCAGGAAAGUUGUGAAUGAGAAGCAUUAUGGACCUGCCUCACCCUCGUGAAGGCUGGGGGGAGGGGCUCCUUGCCCCACACUCCGUGUCAAUAAAGAAUAGCUAAAUCUC